AUGGAAACAUUUACAUUCACAGGAGUUGGAGUUGUGGAUAGUGUUACUGACUCUCAGCAACGCAGAGAGAUCCUCUCCAGAUGCCAUUCUUAUAGAAAGAUUUUAAAUGACCUGUCAUCAGACACCCCAAUUGUGCAACGAAUUGAAGAGGAGAAAUCAGAAGAAGACACUGCUCCUGAUACAGUUACAGUGCCAGCCCCCAUUUAUCAGACCAGCAGUGGCCAGUAGAUUGCAAUCACGCAGGGUGGAGCUAUCCAGCUGGCCAGUAAUGACACUGAUGGCAUGCAGGGCCUGCAGACUCUCAGUAUGACCAAUGCUGUGGCUGCCCAGCCAGGCACCACUAUUUUGCAGUAUGCCCAAACAAGCGAUGGGCAGCAGAUCGUGGUGCCCAGCAACUAGGCGGUGGUACAGGUAGUUACAUUUACAUUUAACGACUUGGCACACACUUACCACAUGUUUCAGGCAUAUCAGAUCUGCACAGCAGCGAGCGCCAUUGCCCCCGGGGUGGUGAUGGCCUCAUCGGCUGCUCUGCCCAGCCAAGGUUGCACAAAGGAGGCCCCAUGCAAACGAGAAGUGCACCUCACAAGCAACAGGCAAGAGUAG